GUAAACCCUUCAGUAGUCGUUUUGGUCGUGAUGUCGCGCUAUUCAGAUCUGCUCUCUCCGAACAUCACGCCCCAAGGGACACCUUCCAAGGGCUCCAAGUCUCAACGUUCACGACAGCGUCGCGAGCCCUCGGGCGUGUUUUCGCUCUUCUCUCCACCGCAGAUUCAGCAAUUCCGCGAGGCGUUCUCCUUGAUUGACCAUGACGGCAACGGCGUCGUGAGUGAACAGGAUCUGAAGCACAUAUUCACUAGUUUAGGCAUCACGCCGUCGAAGACAAUGAUCGACGACCUCCUUGCAGACCGUCCUGGGAACAGAAGAGGCAGUGGCAUUCACUCCCGGCUACCAUCCUUUGAGACGGACGAGUCGGGUGACCGAGGCAUCACCUUCCCCAUGUUCCUCACCAUGAUGGGCGAACACCUAUAUGACUUCGACACUGAGGCCGAGCUGCUCGAGGCCUUCGAGUGCUUCGAUGAGAACGACUCAGGACUUGUGAAGUGUGAUGAGAUCCGGAAGUGGUUGGGCGAUGUAGGGGAAAGAAUGGAUCAGAAGGAGAUCGAUAAGCUUUUGAAAGGCCCUUUCACCGACCGGCAAGGAAACUUCAACUAUCGUGAAUGGGUGAAGGUACUGCGGAUAAACGCGGAUAAUGAGGACGCCGACACGCCGCUGUAGUGCCCUCCGUCCAUGGCGUGUAUUUGUAUACCCCGAUAUGACCUAAUGACCGUCUAUGACAUGUGCUCAUACUUGCAAAGGAUUCUGACGGUCU